CUCUUUCUCUCCUCCAUUUCGCUCUGCUCCUCAAUUUUUAUUUAUUUUUCAUUAAUUUUAUUUCUCUGGUUUUUCUCUCAAAUCUUGAGGCUGUGCUGCUCGUGAGUCUCGGAUGUCCGAUUUGAUUUUGAUUUAAAUUAAUACGGCGUCGUUUUCUGGAGCUAGGGUUUCGGCGGAGUUCGAUUUAGGGUUUCUGUUGGUGGAUUUCGUUUUCGUAAUUUCGGCUGGAAUUGGAGCGAUCUGGAAGCCUAAUAAGGUUUUGUGAUUGUACAUCGAAAUUGGGUAUUUUAUUGGGUAUGAAAAUUGGGGAUUUUGGGAGGUUAAUUUAGGGUUUUGGAUAAGAAAUAGGGGGAAAAUGGGGAAGGUUUCGCCGAAAGAGAGGGGUGUGAAGAAUUCGAAGCAGAGAAAGGGCUCCAGGGGGUCAGGGAAGAAGUAUCUGAAGCCGGGGGCGCUUGCUCAGCUUAAGUACAGCAAGGCCAGUUCGGCGAAGGCGUGUACUGAUCUGGGGAGGAAGAGAGUGGCUGUGGUGGAGACGAAGAAGGGUGAUGAUGUUGAUUUGGGGAUUGAAGAUAGGGGUGUUAUUGAUAGGAGCCCUUUGAUGCUUUCACCGGUGAAUUUGGUUAGGCAGAGUAGUUUGUUGAAGACACCGAGGAGCCCUUUGAUGUUGUCGCCUGUGAAUCUGGUUAAGCAGAGUUGUUUGCUCAAAACACCAAGGACUCCUCUGAUGUUGUCUCCUGUGGAUUUCGUUAGGCAGAAUAGUCUGACGAAAACACCAAAGACCCCCAGGUUGGAAGAUUGUGACUCGGAGUCCAGGCUUGAGUCGCUUCCUAUGGAUUUACUGGUUAAAUUAUUGUGUCACCUGCACCAUGACCAACUGAAGCCAGUGUUUCAUGUUUCUCAAAGAAUUAGAAAAGCUGUUAUACUUGCAAGGCAGUAUCACUUUAAUUAUACAACUCCAGAUCGCUCUCGACAGGAGAUGUUGAGAACGAUGACGCCCCACCCCACUGAAGUCUGGCCUUUCAAAAGCAAGGGAGAUGGCAAGGGUACAUGGAUACGAAGCCCACAUACUCCAAAAGCACCAAGACAUGGUCCCAGGCCACCAUCUCGCCUCAAAGUUUCAGAAAUACGGCAGGUUGCUGCAGUUCUCUUUCAGGAGUCAAAUUUCCCCUCUAGAUGCAUGGUGCCAUCUUCCUUACCAAAACCCCUUUGCAAAUCUUUGGCUUCCAAUCGAGUUUUGUUCUAUGAGGAAGAGUUAUGUCAGGCUGUGGCUCAGAAUAAGCUUCUUUAAGCUCGUCGUUGCCUCAAGUAUCUGUAUGUAUAUAGUUUGCUUGCGUUAUCUAUAUAGGUGGCAUGGUCAGGUUAGGGAGUAUGAAGUUUUGUAGCUUUGCUGGGGAAGAUAUAGGAGAUAUGGAACCCUCAUGUAUUUGAAUUAGGAGGCAAAAGAAAUCAGAUCAUGGUGUCGGGAAUAAUGUUUUUCAAAACUGGUUACCUGUAUAUUUCCUAUGUAUGUUUGCUGUCUUAGCAAAUAGCAUUAUCAACUUUGGUGUCUGUACCGAAGUCGAUCUUAGUAG